AGAAGGUAAAAGGCAGUGUAAGAAAAGGUAGCAAAAGGAGCCAAGCCCCACUCUAAACGUUUUAACGAACAUUCAAAUGGAUCUCACUGCAGACUCCCCUCUUAAACCGGCAACAGGAGGACAUGAUGUUGAAUAUCCGUUGUUAUACAUCCCACAAGAGGUGGACAGUGGAAUCAUCUCUCUACAGCUUCUGGAAUUUAAAACCAGGCUGUUAGAAGCAGUGGAGGAGCUGCACAUUCACAGGGAUGCAGAGACUAGAAACGAGGAUCAGAUGAGUAAGCUGGUGUUGGAGACACAGGAGUUAGCAUGGCAGAAGGAAUCUCUUCAGCGUCAGAUGGAGACCAUGGCUAACCAGCAUGCGGAGUCUCUGGCCAGUGUGAACAAGCAGUUUCAGAUCAAACUCGGGGAUGUUGAAGGAGAGAAGGGAAGGUAUCAGUUGUCUACAGAGUUAAAAGACAAGGAGACCAGCAGCCUAAAGGAGGAAUUGAAACAGUUACAGUUGUUCAAGUACAGUUUGGAGAAGAAAUUAAGCGAGCUGGAUCAGAAGCUGCAGCUGCAGAGCCAGAGCAGGGACAGACACCUGAGCCAGCUGGGCGAGGUGGAGAAACGCUUUGGAGCUCUGUCCAGACAGUGUGCCCUGGUCAAACAGGCCCACGCUAAGCUGGAGCAAAAUGUGGACGAGUCCAUGAGACAAAACAAGAAGCUGUCUUCUUUAAACAGCAGAAAUGAGUCAACCAUUAAAGCCUUAAAGCAGAGCUUGGAGGAACUGAACAACAAACUGAUCAAUGCCAGAGUGUCUUCGGUGGGCAGGUCUGAGAAUAACCACGCAGCCAAAGACCAGCUCAUACAGCAGCUUCAACACAGACUGCAUGUGGAAAUGGAAAUGAACAAAAAGCUGGGAGAGGAGAACGCAACUGAGAGAGCUGCUAAGCAGGAGGUGAUGACUUCCCUGCAGCACACCCAGCAGCUCCUGCUGGCCCAGACGCAGGCUGUGUGCCGAUCAGAGCAGGAGCUCCGCACCCAGAGAGAGCAGCACCAGAGCCUUAAAGGAGAACAUGAAGUGAUGCGAGCGAGGGUCGAUGCUAAAGAAGACAGAUCCUCAGUGCUGGAGGAGCAGAGCAGGAAUGCCAGGCUGAUCUGGGGAAACGAGAAGCUGGAGUUGCUAGAGAGGAUCCGCAGUGAGCAGCAGGACCUGAGGUGUGUGCGAGAGGCCUACGACAGCCUCCACCACACACACGCUGAGCUGCUCUCCCAGGCCGUGCCGUCUGCUGAGCACACACGGGAAGCACAGGAGGAUGUUAAACCCAACCAGAACGCCACCGCUGAACGAGGAGGCCUGUCCAGUCAUAGUGGUGACGUUUUAGCAGAGGAUGUGCUUGGAGGAAAGACUGUGGAUCAAACCGUACAAUUUCACCCGACCCAGAAUGAUCGACAAGAUAAACCCAGUGACACAGUCUCUUCCAUGGAGUCCCAGAGUGAAGGUCAGACAAGCUCCAGUCAGGUUAUCACCCUCCCACAGUCCCCCAGUGUUUACAGCCCAGGCUGUUUAAACACAGACAGUCUGGUCACAGAAACGGCCGCUGUGGUGGACGUGCUAACGAGACCUGUCUGCGGAGCGCCAGAAGGUCAGCCAGGCGAGUCAGACCCUGAACCCAGACGCAACUCGGCCCAGGGAGAGAGACGGGAUUCCGAUCCUACUGUGCUCUGCGGAUUGCCCGAUCGUGCCUGCAGGUCUGGCGACGUGGGAAGCGGUGAAGGUGCCGUGUGGACGCGGCUAUCCUGCUCAGACAACAGGUCUGUUUACAGUGGAGCAGAGGGCUCAGGCCCCGCCGUCAAAGUAGCAAAGGAUGAGAGGGAGGAGGAGGAGGGAGGGAUGGAGCGUAGUGAAGAAACGGCAAAGCUCCAGACAUGCUCUAAACAGGAACCCAGACACAGAGGCGGGUUAUCCUCACCCGAGGACGUUGACCGGCACGAUCCCGAGGCUCCAGUGACCCAGAAUGCACAUCCACACAGGGAAGCAAGCCACAUGGAGAAGGAUAGUGAAGUCAGACUGCAUGCUCGUGAUGAUUCAUUUAGCUUAUCACCAGUCGAGGCCCAGAGCCACAAUGGGGCUCAGACUCAGCAGGCGGAUCCACUGCAACAUCACGAGUCAGAAGACAAGUCGGAGAAACCAGUGAGAGAGAGGCAGGGCGUUGGGAAUUCAUCCCAGCAUGAGCCCUCAGCAUGUCAGAACACCUCACCAGAAUCUGCUCCUGUCACUGGAACCUGUCGUUUUGGGACCUGUGAGACCCCCGCAGAACCCACAGACGCAGAACUGGACCCUGACCGACCACCACCACACCUGGCCUCCUCCAUGUAUGUGGACCCACCUAGUUCGGCAAGAGAAGCAGAGUGUGCAGUGACAGUGGCAGGAGUGACCAGACACCAGCAUGCUGAUGUUGACCAACAAGCUAUAUCCACCCUGGCUGAAAGUCCAGUUCCUGACCCUGAGAAUGAUAUGGUGGACAUCCCUCUCCGUCUCAACCAUCCCACAGAGUUGGUGGGCGAGAGCCAGUGUGGAGACAUCGACCACCUGGCCAGCAGCAAGAAGUAUCGCUCAGCGUUUGAUUGGACCGCUCAGAAUCAUACCAGGAACAAGCUAGGCCCUCCAGACAAGGACCACGGUACUCCAACAUCCCAGAAGCCCUCAGUGUCUGACCUCAACAUCAGACAACCUCUCCUGAGCCUUCCCACCUUCCUCCAGGGCAGACAGGGCAGCAGAGAUGCAGUCAUAAUGCAGUCCGGAGCAGCAGAGGUGUGUUCUGCUGCCGGCCCCCUGUCCUCCCUUAGAGAGCACCAGCAAGGGGAAUGGAAGGCUAUCAGAGAGGCCUUCUGUGACACCUCAGCAGAAAAAGAGGGCAGAGUCUCUAUCUCUGUCAGUUCUCCUCUCGUCCCUCAAUACUCAACUGCCACCAGCAGGUUGCCAUGGCAGCCGAAUAACUCGAGCUCUGGAGGAUGUUCUGGGCUGGACCUGUCGGCUUCCCAGGACAUAGAGGACACCCAGCAGUCUGACAUCCGAGCCCAGAUCACCAGGAUAGAACAGUUCCUCUCCUCCGACCGGCUCCAGACGCCCAAGAGACGCAGGACAGACCGCAUCUAGUCCACCUACAGCUGAACAAGACGAAUGACAAGGAUGUUUGUUGAAUGAUUUUUUAAUUAACAUGUUCAUGUUUGUGAAGUUAUGCAUUCUGGACUGUUUAUUAUUUGUGUUGUACUGUGGUUUUUCACUGUUUCACUUAUAAAUGUGAACUUGACUUAGUACGUUGACAGUCUGUGUUUGUACAAGGCUUUCAAACUUUUUUUCAACAAAAAAAAAAGAUAAUUGAGGCACGGACAGUAGAAUGAAACAUACUUUUAAGGACAAAAAAUCAGGUGACCUUAAUGUAAUGCACUGUGCCGCUGUUCCAUGGCAUUAAGCCAGGCUGGAUCAGAUCAGUAUCAGAAGGAAGGGGAAAGUGCCACGACUUAAUUGUUUACAAGCUAAUUAAUGUUAAUUACUCCUGUGCCAAUCUGGCUGGGGUCUCGCAGGGACUUUAACGACGGCUGCAGCACUCACCUCCAGAGUGGAGCUAGAUUCACCGUGCGGGGCCGCUAUAACUUGGGGACUAAUUGGAGUGUACAAGACACGGGAAUCAAUUAGCACACAUUAACCCAAAUUAACAAAUGCAAAUGAGCCUCUCAUUAAGUUUAUGUCCCUCCUUUUUUGUGUGCGGAGGCAGAGGAGACCAUAUGGACACGUGUUGAGGUGACACAGGCAGUGACAUAUGCUGCUCGCAGGCCUUCCACAGUCGUUGGGGCGGGUGGCUGAUUCACAGAGCAGCAGACACAUUGCAGCAUUGCAUGGGAAGCUACAGGCU